GUGGGGCGGUUUCUGCUGUUUUGCUGUCGAGUCACCUCUGUGUCAGGAUGGGGGAGAAGGAACCGCUAUAAUGCUGAAAAACCAAGGUUCCCGACGAGCGAGCGUCGUCAAGCAGGAUAAUUAGACACAAAGUCGCCGUUUAUCUUCAACCACUGCGUCGUUUCUCUAACACUUUUGCCAAAAUGAUGGAAGAAAUCGACAGGUUCCAAGUGCCUCCAGUCAACGGGGAGACACAGCCACUGGACCCAGAAGCUUCUUCCACCUCAGAGACAAACCCAGACACCAAGGGAGAGACUGUGGCCAUGAACUACAAACCCUCCCCACUGCAAGUCCAAAUAGAGAAACAGAGGGACCUUGCCAGGAAGGGAUCAGUGAAGAAUGGCACCGUGGGAAGUCCUGUCAAUCAGCAACCAAAGAAGAAUGCCAGGACAAGGUUGGUGGUGCCAAACAAAGGAUACUCUUCUCUCGACCAGAGCCCAGAUGAGAAACCCCUGGUGGCACUGGACACCGACAGUGACGAUGACUUUGACAUGUCCAGAUACUCCUCAUCAGGAUACUCCUCAGCCGAGGUGAGAUGUCUGAGGGACCAGCAGAUCAACCAGGACCUGAACAUCCAGCUCCUCAAGGACGGUUACCGGCUCGAUGAGAUCCCCGAUGAUGAGGACCUGGAUCUGAUCCCACCUAAAGCAGUUAACUCCACCUGCAUGUGCUGCCAGGCUGCUCCCUCCACAGCCUGUCAGAUCCAGUAGCGCCACCAUCAUGUCCCGCAAAAACUCUUCUGCCUGCCGCCAUCACUGAGGCUGACUACUGACCGGAGCGGCCGCAAGGAGGAAAAACUAUCAGCUCACAACGGCACAAAGGAAAAAAAAAAACUUUAUAAAUGCUAUAAAAAGUUUGAAAAAAAGAGUCAAUGUGUACAGUACCUGUGCACGUUCCUCCUAUGGUAGGAUCUGUGCAUCUUACUUCUGCGAUGUUGGUUCAGCGGGGACUUGACUGAUGGCAGAAACUUUACCUCUAAUGACAACGUGUCGCUCUUGUUUCUCCUCCGUUUGGCUUCCAUCUCAUGCGUGUGGAUAUUUCGGUUUGCAAGGACCAUAAAGGAUUUGGAAGGAACAGGAACAGCUCAAAUGGCAGCGGAUGACAGGAACUCUACCAAAUGCAUGUUAUGGUGACAAGGUCCCAUCAUUGGUAGUGAGCCUCCGAUGGGAAGAACUCUUCCUGCUCGAUGGUAAACUUUAACGGAUAAGAAGAGAUCGCAAAGUACAUUACUUUAAUUUACUCUCUAUUUUUUCCCCUGCACCUGCUUUCUGCCUGUACAUGUGUGUCUGACAUGACGACACGUAUGUGUGUCUGAUUAUGUCCUGGGCAGUCGUGCUAAACCAUAAUGUUACAAAUGCUCACAAUCACAUGCGCUCAGCUGCCAUACCGCAUAUUAUUUGAGGGUUAGGGUUUGCCAAUUCUAACAGAAGACAGGUUCGAACGACCCUUCCUUCACACCUACAGGUCAUUUGUGAUCACCUUUUAACCCAAACUGCAUGUUUUAGAAAAAUCUGGAAACCCCAUGACAGACUAGAGCUGUGCAGCUUCACUCUCUCAUCACUUGUCAUUCAUCUAUAAUCAUUUAAAUAUGAAUUAGAACCUUUCCUUAUUGACAUAAUGGGAAAUUAACAAGCAAUGUUACGUUGCCAAAAAUGUAUCCGUGCUGUUACUGAAUUGCAAAUGUCAUUGACAUUGCGAUUGUUAUGUCAACACCCCAUAGCACAGGGAGGGAGAACAUGCAAACUCUUCACUGCAAGGUCCUGAGUGAAGUGAGGUUAAAAACCCAGAACCUUCUCACCAGGUGGUGUCAUUCCUAACCACUGCACCACCGUGCUCCCCCACUCAAGGGUUGCAGUGCUUAAUCGUUUCACAUUCAGUUAAAAGAAACGGACAACAAAUAAUUUAGCAUGAUGCCUGUGAACACUAAUGUCUGUUGACCAACCUGUUUUUAUUUUUUGUUAUUGACCCCAAACACAUCAUUGUAUUAAUGAGAUACUGUGUGAGGUGCACUUUUAGAACAUUAAAUACGAGUCACAUUUAGGCUGACCCACUGCAGCGUCAGUAGAUGUAGUGCUUUAGGAACAAUAAUGGCAGGAACAGCUCAUGAGUUAGUGUGUGUGUUCUUGUGUUUACGUUAGCCCACACGUGAGAGGACGUUUUAAAUGAUCACAAACGCAAAUGCCACUGGUGAAUGUGGUCAGAAAAUAAGUCAGUGGACAAAACUCUUUGAAUAUGUGCAGAUUAGGGACGCGCGAUAUUAUCGGCAAAUAUGAUAUGACUAGUGACUAAAAGAGGAGGCCUAAUAGGCGGGAGAACAUCAAAAAGCCCAAUAUUGUGCUUCCCUAAUGCAGAUACAUUGAAAACUUCGGAGAAUGUUUACAAAGUGGUUCCAUUUUGCCAGGAUGGAAAUGAAAAAGGAUGUUUUAUUUUUUCAAGAAAUAUCAGUGGACUUCAGUGGUUUAAACCUUAAAUGUUCUGUUGGCAGUGUAUUUGUUUUGUAUGUUUGUACAGUCACGCUCACUCCACCAUCAAAAUUGGUCGGAUCCACACGUGGACAUGUAGCACCAUGAUGUUUAAAAGGGAGUAGUCUUUUGUUUAGCUACUGAAUGCAUUUUUUAAUGUUUACAUGAUUCAAAAGACAUAUCCACAGCUCUGCAGACAUCAGCAGACGUGAGUCAUGUGAGUCUGCUUGGUGAAAGAUUAGGCUGGGUUUCCCAAAAACACCGAAAUAAUUGCCGAUUUUACACAUUGUGGCUUCCAUCUCUUUAAAAUGACUUCAACUUGGAUCGGGUUGAAUUCAUCUUAUGGGAAGGAAAGAUAGCUUUUCAUGUAACGACACUUCUAAGCAUGUGUGCACUUUACUUCAUGGUUGUUUUUGUCACACUAAUGCUGUAACGUACACUGGGAGACAGAGACAGAGACAGAGUGUGGACAAAUGCUUUAACCCGACGGGCAGGCAGAGUCAUGCACAGCAAAGCACAGCAGUCCCGAUCAGGCAAGGGCAAGGCAAAAAUCCAAAACAAGGAAACAGAGCAAUGCACACAGGGAAUUUAAACCAGGGACAGGAACUUGGAACUGUGAGAGUCGUUACCCCAUGACAACGCUCUACAUGGUGUAUUUGUGCACACAAAGCGCGGUUAAAAAUGAAGUAAUACUAUGUGUACGACUGAUUUACUGUGAAACAAAUACGACGGAAGUGCUUAACGGUAAAUGUCGCCGUGUUUGUUUGGCGACGGCCAUCUUGGAAUCCCAGUCGAAAGUCUGUUCUGGCUACAAAUGUCGUGCGCCAAAAGGUCUGUAGCCAAAAGAAAACGGGAACAAAAACAGCGUCUUGACAAAUGUAGUGUUUAUAAGGGAUAUGAAAUACUGUGCGCGUCUACAAUGCAAACAAAGUCCUUGUGAUUCUUCUUUUCUUAGCGAGUGUUUUUGGGAAACCUGACUGUGUGUCACGUCCGAUCUGUAAGAAAAUGCGCGACACAACCGCCGCUUCGUCAGUGACGCUACAUCGGAUUUACAAAAGUACACAUUUGUUGCAAAUAAGGUGCCAUAAUGUGUAGAUAGUGUAUUACGUAGAAAUGCAACAAAUGGCACAGUAGGUCAUGUUUAAUGUCAACAAUGCAUCUGUUGAAAUGUGUGUUAGCCCAGACGCUGUGUACACUACAGCACCAUAUUAACAAUGAAAGACUGUAUAUCAAGACUGUGCUGCUUCUUUUUAGUUCUUUUUUUUUGAACAUGAACCUCACCCUGUCACAUUCACACAGAUAGGUUGUGCACUACUCCUGCCCAGUGUUGUGUCACGUGGGCCGUAGCUUCGCCAGAGUUUAGGAAACUAAAGUAACACUUUGUAACAAGCUAUUUAUUUCCAGUCGCGUGUGUUUUAAUUUAUUUUUCAUGUAUGGGAAAUACUUCAUAAAAAAACAGAUGCUUUUUAUUUGUCAGAUGUUUAUUACCAUGGAUUGUGUACUGGCUCCAUUUAGAUUUUAACUGUCGAAGUUCUGUGUAUAGUGCAACAUAUGGAAAAAAAAUAAAUAUUAGAUAUCUGAA